CUACCUAGUUCAAUCUGUGUCACAUCAUUAUCUUCUGCCUCAGGCAUGCAGGACUCAGUUGUAUCUCCAACCCCCAAAUGUUGCAUGUUCUCUCACUCGCAUACCAUGGAGUAACCUGCCCAAUGUCUAAUUCUACCGCUUCCUCCGUUGCAGUUACCAAAGCCCAGCAACGUUUUGACCAUCUUGCAUGGACAUUGAAUGGAGAAGCUUGGGAGAAAUCAUACAAGCGGCUUUUUCUCAAAUCGACCUGUCAUCAGGUUGUGUCUUUUGUCGAGAAUGUUUGCGAUCAGACUGCAUCCUUAGUCCCUUCAAUCACCUUGGGCGGGCACAAUGUUCUCUAUCCAGUCCGCUGCGAUGGAGACGGCUUCGAUAUUGUUGUUCGGCAACCCUGCCCCGAUCUGGUACAGUUCCGGGAAGAAAAGACUCGCGAUGAAGGUGCAACCAUAUCUUACCUUGCCCAAAACAGUGCUGUACGGGUUCCAGAACUCUUCUUUCACACUUCGUCAUCACGCAUCGGACCGGCUAUGAUCUUAUUAUUCAUAAAAAGUGAGCGGAGCAUGUCAGACGCCCUCGCGGACCCUGGCAAGGAUCCGGGGGAGAUACGGGUUCUGGACCCAGAGAUCCAUGAAGAGGAUCUGAGAAGGCUUUACGGGAAGAUGUGUAGGCUUCUGAUCCAGCUCUUCGAGCCAACCCUACAUACGAUCGGGUCAUUGGUCGAGGUUGGUAACAACCAUUCAGUAGCUGGUCGACCAAUCACCCACAAUAUGAACGACAUGGUAUGCAAGGCUUCUAUUCCAAAAUUAGUCCCUCCAUCAUCGAGCCAGGUGUAUCACAGUGCCGAUGAAUGGUACGCCGCUUCGGCAGCUAUGCACAUGGCUCAGUUGCUUUUCCAGCAUAACGAUCUUGUUGACUCGGAGGACGACUGCCGAAACAAGUAUGUGGCACGAUACUUGUUUCAUUUACUCGCAAAGAAGGGUCAUCUGUCUGCUUUUGGGUUUCUUGAGGAUAAUUGGUCAGCCCAGUCCCAGUCUUUGGAAUUAUCGUGCUCAAUGCCUUGUGGAACUGACUCUUUUCGACUGUGGUGCGACGAUCUGAGGCCCCAAAAUAUUCUUUUAGACCAUCACGACAAUAUUGUGGCAGCUCUUGACUGGGAGUUCGCAUAUUCCGCUCCUACGCAAUUCAGCCUCGAUCCGCCCUGGUGGCUGUUGCUGCAGCUUCCAGAGCUGUGGCCGUCUGGAAUCGAUGAUUGGUCGCAGGUCUACGAAGCCAGACUCAGAACCUGGCUACUUGCAAUGGAAGAUGAGAAAUGGGGAGAGGGAAUCAACUUUCCGGCAAACCUAUCAACUUAUUUGCGUGAGAGCUGGUUGAGUGGUCGCUUCUGGCUUGACUACGCUACGAGAAAGAGUUGGGCAUUCGAUACAAUAUUCCGGAAGUACCCUGAAUGAGAAGUUCUUUGGGUCGAGCGAUGAGGAUAUACAAGAAUCUCAGUUUUUGACGGCAAGGGUUCAUCUUCUAGGGGAAGAGGCACAAAAGUCUAUGGAAAUGGUCGUGGAAAGAAAGAUGAAUGACGCAAAAGAGAGAGUCCUAGUAGAUUGGGAUCCGGCUACAGCGAAGCAACUUCUCCAAGAGGCAUUGGGAGAUUAUUCAGGUUCGCAGUCGUAAAAGUGAAGUCCUUUCAAUGCAACCAUA